CUCACACGCACAACAGCAGCGCGCGACACUGCGUGUGCGUGUGUGGGAGGGAGCACCUCCAUGCACGAGAUACUUUUGAAGGAUAAAGAAAAACUUUUUUUUAAGUGAAAAUCCUCUCAAAAUGGACCAAAAACACCGAGAAAAGUGGAUGAAUGUUGCUGUAAUGAAUCAAGAGACAGGUCAAGGAUGGUAGAAGAAGAGGACCAUGCGGCGUAAGAGCAAAACAAAACAUCGGAAUGCCACAGACCAUCUCGCUGCUCUCCUUGUUGUUGGGGCUCAUCGGAUACGCUUUGGCGGGGCUCAACAUCUGGCCCUCCUUCCAUGUUGCCCUUAGCAACGCCAGCGUGUUUGUGGACUUCAGCACAAAAAGUAACAGCAGCCUCAUUCGCCAAAUGAGCCUGUCUCUCAUCAACAUGGACACCAACGCCACCCUCCUGACCAGGACUCUCCCUGACAACCGGUCUGCGGGUCGGGUGGAGUUCAACUGUUCCUGCUUCCUGUAUGCGGGAACUUUUCGCUUCCUGUUGAGGCAGACCAGCGCCUCAAUGGAGGUGCACUCCAAUGCGACAGGGCGCUUGGAGAGCACCUGGUGGUGGAGUUCAGAACUGCAGGUGCAGUGGCCGACGUUUCACAUGGCUGUCGAGCGGGAUGCAAACGACUCGGGAUCUUUUCAGAUUGGAAUAUCCACCAAUGAAUACUUCCAGCCUUGUUCGGCCACUCUGGACCCCGCUCUCCUGUUAGAGGUCAGCUACAUGGAGUACAACCAGAUAGGACGAAAGGGCAUCAACAAAGUGCAAGCCCGCACACGACAUCCAAUCAAACCUCUCCGUUCCCAAUUGAUCAAGCUGCCCUGUGCCUUCCCUUUCACGGAGCGAGACUUUGUCCAAGUGUCCCUACGCUCCCUACACUCCGCGCAGGAGGUGAAGAGCUCCGGGCCUCUUUACCUGUCCCACAUCUUCUCCUAUAAGCUGCUGGUGGAAAACGCUAAUGCCUACAAGAGCGGUUGCGAGGGCGCUGUGAGUGUGAAGCUAGUAUCGCCACCUUGCGCUCACGUUAAUGGGAAAGUUUUGCUGUAUAAAGACGCCGUCGUUGGAAGAGGGGUUGCCGUCUCCUCCGGGAUGGGAGCAGGGGGAACGGCAGCGAUGGAAUUCGGGCAGGAGGAGCCAUCAUCUCUUCCGCUGGCCUUCAACUGGCUCACUCAGGGAGAGAAUGAGACAGAAUUCAACUGCUCGGUUUUUUACCCUGGAAGGAGUAAGUACUGCUUCCGCUUUGUGUUUAACUACAGCCGCUCUCCAAGUCCUGCUCAGACCUGCCUGGUGGUGCACAGGAGUGAAGAGUCUUGGGGGCCAUGGAAUCAGUGGACUGUAUGCAGUGUGAGCUGUGGAGAAGGGGUCAGGGAACGUGUGCGAGAGUGUUUGCUGCCCUCUGGCGUGGAAGGCAAGCGAUGCACGGGCAUGGUAAAGGAACAGUCCAUCUGCUCCUUGGAAAACUGUGCAGUGUUUCCGGCUCCGUCGUCAUCACUCCCCCCGGUCCUUGCAGGAGUUGCACCCCUGGGUGGUCACAUGGUGGUAGUGGCCGGUAUAUCCCUUUGCCUUGCUGUCAUUCUGGCCACUGUGGUCAUCACCGUGUGGAGGAAACUGUGUCGGACCCCUCCGUGCAGCUCUGUGCGCAGAGGCUCCAUGCAUUCCCCUGGCGGGCGAAAACUCUCAGAUGAGGCCUCCAUUUGCGCUAACAGCCUUCAGAGGCCAUGCUUUGCCGAUAGCCGAGGGCCUCCAGCUGGCGUCGGUUCGACCCAGAUGGACAUGGGGCCUCUUUCUCAGACGAUGGUGAUGCCUCCUUCACAGGAUCCAGAGAGGUUGUCUCCCACAGCUCAGAAGGUGUUGCCACCCAUUUUUGGUUAUCGCUUAGCUCAGCAGCAGCUGAAAGAAAUGAAGAAGAAGGGAUUAAAGGAGGCCACACAGCUCUACCAUGUGUCCUCAAGCCCAGUUCAGGACACCGUGGUAGGGACGUCCGCGUCACCGAGUGGCUCCGUCAUUCCGACACAGGAGGAACGCAACCAUUCCUUUUCUGAGUUACCGUUGCAGGCGUCCAGGAUCACAUCGGACCGACUGAGCCCCAAGGUGGAGCUCGUCUUGGGUCCCCCAGUUUCUAGUCACGCGAGCGGUGGCACCUCCAAGUGGCUCAACCGCACUGCUGACUGGGUGGAGAUGGUAGAGAGGAGUGGCUUAGUGGGAAAUGCUUAUCAUAAGAAUCUAAAUUUCCGCCGGACGUCCAGUUUUACGGACGCAAAACCUCAAAUUUCAUCUUCAGGACACUGCAGACCCUUCAGAGAGCGGAGCAUGACACAGGUGGGAUCUCGGACUCUCCCUGAAGGAAACUCUUGGACCAAAGAGAGAAGAGAGAGGUCAUCAUUUAGCUCUUACCCAAUUCCAGAGCAUGGCACCCCAAAUUGGAGCGAUUCCAGAGCCCAGGGAUGCGACGAGAGGAAGGCAUGGAUAGAAACCUCCAUUCCUUCACAUACUAAUGAAGUAAAACACACAGGAACCAACACUUCUGAGGAACAUCUGGACCACAGUGGCACCACAGACAGGCAGAUGGGAAUCUCAGGAAUUGGUGGUCCAGCCACAAGUCCCGUCAGCCCACAAGGAGCAAACCAUCUCAAUGUGGAACGCGCCGAGCAGAACUGGAACCGACGUGGUCCGUCACCUAUACAGAGGAACAUGCUGGCCAGAAAACUGAAGGAGGCUCAGUCCUGCUCUGGAGCCAAAGGGCGUCAACGCAGCUCCACCUUCAGUGUGUCGUCAUCAGAGCACAGGAAAGACCAGUGCCACUCGCUGCCUGGGGCUGGAGCCUACACCAGCGCUGAACGCACUGCCUACAGGCUGAGUGAGACAGAGAAGAGGAUGACGGACCUCGACCUGUCCUCAGCACACAAAGGUGGUGGAAAUUAAUGUUGUCUCUUAUAUCUGUGAUUAUCUGUUCUCAGGAUUUUAUAGUAAGUACUGUACUAUUUGGUAGAAUCUAUAAAAAAAAGCUUGAUAUUUUAUUUUAAAUGGAUGUUACUAAAAAGACAAAAAUAGACACUCCCUAAAUGUAAGGACUUAUUCUUUCUGAUUCUGGUCCUAUUUUAGAUAUAUGAAAUCAUGGUAGUGUCACUCUUGCAAGAAAGAAAGUAACACGUUUAGUUUUUUUUUUAAUUCAGAUCAUUAAUUUGUAAUUGUGUCAAGUUUGAUGUAAUUCUUUUCACUCUUUUGUAACAAUGAACACUUCUCGUCAAUAAAGCCCUGCUAUAACUAGG